AUGUUCGGCCGGUCCGACAAACGCAUAUCGCUGAACCCGCUCGACAACAGACAGUACGAGUCUGAUACGACCCCCAUCAUCACUGAUUUCCAGGCACCACAGACACCAACUACUCCUACAACCCCCCGGACUCCCAGGCACCCGCCACAAUCUUUCAACCACCAGCAAGGCUAUCCUAUUAACGGAUCUGGCCAUAAUGGUGGUCAAAAUGGCGGGAGGACUAUGAAAUCAGCCCCAAUUCAGCUUCCAAGUGGAGGAGGAGGGUCCAGUGUUCAUAGCGGUAACAGUGGCUAUGGGAACAAUCGUUCUCAACAGCAACAACAAUACGGAGAUACCCAGAACGACGGCUACGGAGACGGAAACGGAGGAGGAGGACGUGUUGGAGCCAGGAGGAACAACACAUACCAUAGCGGCCAUCAUACUCAACGGCCACAACAACAACGACACAACACUACUCACCACGGCAGCCGCAGCCGUCAACAACAACAGCAGCAACAACAACAGCAACCACAGGCACGCUCACAGAUGAUGUAUCCACCAUCACCUUCGCCACGGAGUCAAGCGGACCUGCAUCAAGCAUACCCACUUGCCCAACCAAUGCACUCGCCCACCUCGCCCUCCUUCCACAGUCAAUACCCGCCCUCGUCCCCAGGGUCUCCUCUCCCAGCAUAUGUGGAGCGGCCCCAGAUGGCACCUCCCCCACCCAGUUACUCCCCUUCAUCAAACAUCCCUCAGCGCACGGCGGCAAGCGAUCCGGAGUUGGCCAUGUACGAGUCGAGUCAGUACUACACGAAUCGGAAUCGGGAACAGCAGCAGCAGAAGGAGGCCAUGCGCCGACGCCGGCAGCAGCAAGAGGAAGAAUCCAGCAAGGGCGAAUGUUGCAGUUGCUUCAAGGAAGUCGGCGAGUUCUGCCCCUGUAUCUGCUUCUGCUGCAUGUUCGGCGCCAUAGCCGCCUAG